CGCCCUCACGGUGCUGCUCUCGGUCGGGGCCUCCGCGCCCGGGAUGCUGCAGGGUGUCCCCGCCGCCCGCUCCGCCGCCGCGCUGCGUCCCACCGCCCUGCGCGACGGGGAAGUUCACAGGUUGGUCACCUACGUCUUUGUCUAUGAAGACCUGGUCUCCCUGACCUGCGGUGCCGUUGCCAUCUGGUACUUUGCCGGCAGCUUUGAGAGGAACGUGGGCACAGUGAAGCACUGCUUCCUCACCAUCACCUUCUCUGUGCUCUCUGCCCUCCUCUACCUCCUCCUGGAGCCCCUUGUCUCCCGGGUGUGGGAGGUGGGAGAUGCCAAAGGAUUCCUGCCAGUGGCUUUCGCCAUGCUGGGUGUGUCCACCACCCGCUCGCCGAUGAAGAGGACUCUGGUUUUUGGGUGCAGGGUUCCAGUGGUGCUGGUGCCCUGGUUUGUGCUCUGCGUGGCGUGGUUUAUCCCCCACUCUUCUCUCCUGGGUAACCUGUCUGGGCUCCUGGUUGGGGAAGCCUAUGGUCUUGGCUACUGUUUCUGCCUGGAUUUUCCGGAGUCAGUGGGCUCUAAGCUGGACCGAGUGUUCCCUUUCACUCUGCUGAAGAGGAUCCCAGGGCUGAAAUACAUGCCAGGGUCCUUAGCAGAGAGAAGAGCCUCUGACAGCACCAAGUCUUUUAGGAGCUUCUGGGUGACCUUGGCAGGUUACUUGGUCUCUCUGAUCUCUGCAUCUUCCACCAUGUCCCCAGGGCUGGUCCAAGUCCAGCCGCACCUGCUUGUCCAGUGCAAUGUGUUGUACCUUCAGUACCCUUCAGAUGGAUGUUUGUGAAGAUUUAUUUUCUAGUGAGGUUUGGUCCCUGCUUUCCUGAGGCAGCUGUUUCACAGUGAAACGCUGUUUUAUAAAUGAGCCAAGGACCUUCUGCUUCUCCAGCAGUGGAGUCUGAGCAAGUCCCAGCUCCCCAGGGCUGGUGGCAAACUCAGAACUCCUUGCCCAGGGAAGGGAAGUUGCUGGGAGGGAGGGAAGGUGUUGGGAUGAGACAUUUCCAAAUGUAUUUAAGGCUCCGAAGAGGAAUUAAAUUUGGGAGAGAGGGAGGUAAAAGUCAUCAGCUCACUGGGCUUUGACAUUUGCCUCACUGAGCUCCCAGCAAUGUUACUCAUUGCACGUUGCAGUACCAGCUCGUUUCCUUGGUGGGGAGACAGAGAAUGGA